GUAUUUUCUGUGCCCUCCUUUGGCGACAUAAACAGCGAAUGGUUUUGGUUCAAUUGGAAAACAAAUAGCCCAAAAUAUGUGGAUUUUAUGGCCAAAAACUAUAGGCCCGGGUUCACGUACGCCGACUUUGCCAGCCAGUUCACGGCCGAGUGGUAUGACCCGGAUAAGUGGGCCGAGAUAUUUAAGGCAUCGGGUGCUAAAUAUAUUGUGUUAACCAGCAAACACCACGAGGGGUAUACCAUGUGGCCAUCGACCACCUCGUUCAAUUGGAAUGCCAUGGAUGUCGGACCUAAAAGGGACUUGUUG